CAAGUAGCCAACCGAUCACUUCCCAGCCGAGCAUAGCAGAGAGCAGUCAGCCCGUCGUGUCUCUACCCGAGGCCGGAUGGUAAAAUCCAACCUCCAGCGGAUCCUAAACAGUCAUUGCUUUGCUCGCGAGAAAGAAGGAAAACAGCAGUCUUUUACUACCAUGGCGGAUUUAAGUAGCGGUAUCUGUGACAUGAUUGGGAACCUGUCCCUGCACUGUAGUAGUACCCGCGGCCCGGGGCCUCUGUGGUGCUCCGAUGCCCCUCUCCCACCCCUGAAGAUCCCAGGUGGGCGAGGGAAUGGCACACGGGAUCACACUCCUUCAGCUCGGCCGGUCUACUCAGACCGAAAGUUGACUGUAACGGAGGAACCAGCAGGGAAUGGUCGCCCUGGGAUACUCCACUUCCAAAGUCGUCCCACUGUCACCAAGACGAUACAGUGGGAUGCUGUCCUAAGCAGCAGCGCACUCUAUGUGGAGAUACCUCUUGACCCUCUUCCUGAAGGCAGCAAGGAGAGUUUUGCGGCUCUCCUGGAGUAUGCUGAAGAACAUCUGAAAGUCGUUAGCGUGUUUGUCUGCUUUUACAAGAACAGAGAUGAUCGUGCUAAACUGGUGCGUACCUUCAGUUUCCUGGGCUUUGAGAUUGUGAAACCGGGCCAUGCCCUCGUCCCACCUCGACCCGACGUUUUCUUCAUGGCCUACAAUUUCGACAGGGACUCCUCGGACGAGGAGUAGCCCCACCGGACAGCCCCUCCACCCCAUUCUCACUUCCCCUUUUCUUCCCAUUGUGUGUUUGCCCACCCCAUCCCAGCUUACCCACAUACACCACCGUCUGUGUGAAACCGUCGUUAGCUCUCUGUAUGCAAGUAUUCACCCUCCCACCCCAACACUCUUUGUGUUCAAGGGAAUAUGUAAGUUGUGCAUUUCCUGUUUCCAUCAUCUAUCUUUGUGUUUUAAUAUACUGAUUUCAUUGAAGAUUAAUUGGUGUUGUCACCUAAAAAGGAGGGAACCAUUGUUUUUUGAACUUAUAAUCAUAUUGCAGUUGUCAUAGCUAUAAGUUAAGUUCUUAUACAGUAUACAUUUCUUGUCAGGUCUUUGUUUUGGUUAUUUCCUUCAACGAUAGAAUAAGGUGGAGGAUUCUUCAUUUCUUGAAUGUACAACAAAAGGUCAUCAGGUUUACACUCGGGUACUCCAGCUUUCUUUUGAUUGGCUAAAUAAUCACUUUAAAAAUUUGUCCCAUAUCUUUGUUGUCUCUGGACUGAAUUACAAAUCCAUUUCAGUGGGACCACUUUCAUUUUGUAGCACUAACAUCUUCUUAAAAGUAUUAGGAUUUUUGAAACGCUAAUUUGAGCGACAGCCCCAAUAAUUGGUACUUCAUAGCUGAAUAGUGAAUCCAUUUAGACUAGAGGUGGAGUGUAAAGAUGAAUGCUGUUGCAUGUGUCAGUUUCAGGUUCAAGAUCCUACGAUGAGUGUUUUGGUACAAAGCGAAAGGAAAGUGAAUAAUCCAAAGUGCUUUUGCUUCUUUUUGCCAUGUAUAUCUGACAAUAUUGUAGUAUUUUGUUUUUGGAGGUUGAAAAAUAUUGCUGUGAUUGGAUUUUAUUUUUAUUUUUAUUUUUUUGGAUUAGCAUUCCUUUCAACUCUUUUUCAUGAUAGUAAUGAGUUUGUUGUUCACCUGCAUAGUGGUACCUGUUGUGCUUCUGUGAUAAUAAAACAAACAAAACAACUA